AUGACCCAUCGUGCCUGCCAGCAGUAUGCGCCUCAUGUGCAUGCAUACGCAGUAUUCAAUUCAGCAGGCACGAUCGUGCGCGACAUCCCGCACGUGGCGGGCAGCAGCCUGCCCAAAAUAUGCAGGAAGGCACGAGUUGCGUUCUUUCUCGUCAAAUCGCACACGGUCACACGGUCACAUCCAGCAGUGCAAAAUGGGAAGGCGCGACAAAAUGAGAAAUCCGACGGCAAAGGAAAAGGCACAAAUUAA